AUGGAAUUUCUAUUGAUUUUUCUAGGUAUACUGUCAAUAGCUUUUUUUUACUUGUACAAAAACAAAAAAAUCAUUCUUUCUGCCAAAGGUAAAGACAUCAAAGUCAUUUUAGUCGUGAGAAAUGACUUAAACAUGGGAAAAGGAAAAAUCGCUGCACAAUGCUGCCAUGCCUGUUUAGGACUUUAUAAACGGCAGAUUAUCAGAGAUAAAUCAAGCAUAGAUUUAUGAGAAAAAGAAUACGGGAAAAAAAUCGUUGUUAGGUGCAAUGAUGAAAAAGAAAUGUUUCAAAUAGCAGAAGCAGCUGAAAGAAAAGGACUAGGGACAUAUAUUGUGUGUGAUGCGGGCUUUACACAAGUUGCCCCAAAUUCUAAUACAGUUUUGGCAAUUGGUCCAGCAUCAAGUGAGCAGUUUAAAGAUAUAACUGGACAUUUAAAAUUACUUUAA